UUGUUAGGCAGGCCUUAUGUCUCUCGAGGGCCUGGCCAAGUGAAGAAAGAUGGCGGAGAGCGGCAAGACGAAAAGUGGCCCGGCGGCUCCUCCCAGCAGCGUCGGCGCUGCUGCUUCGGCUGGGGGUCCCCACGGCAAGGCCAUGACGGCGGAGCAGGUGGUGGCUGGAUUUAACCGUCUGCGUCAGGAGCAGCGAGGUCUAGCCUCAAAGGCAGCUGAGCUGGAGAUGGAGCUGAAUGAGCACAAGCUGGUACUUGAAACACUCCGAGAAGUGGACCCUACUAGGAAGUGUUACCGGAUGGUGGGAGGUGUGUUGGUAGAACGCACUGUGAAAGAAGUUCUCCCAGCCUUGGAAAAUAACAAAGAGCAGAUCAACAAGAUCAUAGAGACCUUGACCCAGCAGCUGCAGACGAAAGGGCGGGAGCUGAACGAGUUCCGGGAAAAACACAACAUCCGCCUGAUGGGCGAGGAUGACCAGAAGGCUCCCUCCAAGGACAGCACUGAGGGGUCGGGCGGCAAGGCCAGCUCCACAGGGGUCCUCGUUUCCUAGUGGGCGCAGCAGCCGUCUCCCAAAGGACUUUUUUACCGCCUCUCACUCUACAGUUGUGGCUCUUGACCUCAAAAGGCUUAACUUUAUUAUUAUUUUGGUGUCAUCUCUGACAAUAUUUUUUUGUUAAAUAAAACUUUUUGGUGUGUCACAUA